AAUGUUCCGACAACUUUUUCCUCUUGCUCGUGCAAUAAAUCGUCAAUUUUCAGGCAAAAAUUAUGUGAAAAUCUCAAUUUUAAACGCACGAAACUGCUCAACAGAGCACAAAACAUCAUCUCCCACAAAUGGAAGUCAUGACGUUUUCGACGACAUCAAAGAUCACAAAAUGAAAGGCAAGGCAGUAGAAAAAAUCGACAAGGAAACUUUAGAACUUUUGGAAAGACUGUCUUUAGUAAACAUCGAAGACGAAGAAGCAAUUCAAACACUCGAAGAAGCAGUUGCUUUUGCAAGUCAAAUUCUCGAUAUCGACACGGAAGGCGUCGAACCCAUGUACACAGUUGCUGAAGACUUUAAACAAAAGUUACGAGAAGACAUCCCCUUUACUCAUAACACGCAAGAAAGGAUUUUAUCGAAUGCCGCCGUCACGGAAGAAGGUUAUUUCGUUGCUCCUCCGGGAAAUAUUCCUCUCGAAACGGAAGAUUUCGACAAAGAUGCGAAAGAAAUCAAGAAAAAGUCCAAAAAAUAACAUAAAAAAGUGAUUUUAGUAAUAAAUUAAACAAAAAACGGAUAAAAAUUAGAA